AUGGUUCGCGGCAAAGAGCUCUCUGUCGCUGACCGCUCCACGAUCGUCACCCUACACGAACAAGGCAUGUCCUAUGCUCGAAUAGCCUCCUCAGUUGGCGUAGCUAAAACGACUGUACAACGUCGUCGCCUCGUACGUCAAGCCCUGAAAGAACCUACUCUGACUUGGAAACAAUUGUCUGCGGAGCUCAACGGCCUCUCCAUCUCUCGUGUUCGAAAACUAGCAUACGAAGCAGACCUUAACGAUCCGAGAAGCCAUCGUCAGUCCAGCGAAAACCGCAAACCAAUUCUGCUCCUUGACGAGGCGUCCGACAACGUCAUUCCCUGGCUCACCAAGCUUUCGGCAAAUCAGACUAGAACUUGCGUUCAUGUCACUCAAUGCAACAUUCACCUGCUGAUCGAUGACUGCACUAUGCAACCACGCCACGUCUGCUUUUGCCUUUCCAUUGGCACAGCCUUUUCUUCUCCGCAACGAUCCAAGACCACCCGACGUUCGGCACUUUUUGUACAGCCUUUGUGGAGUUUGCGAAUCAGGGUGAUUGCACCAAAAGAAUCUGCGUAUGCCAAGCCUCGAAAGAGAACAAAAGGCUAUAUCCGGCAACGUCCUUGA